UUUUCUCUUUUCUUUCUCUUCUCCUUCUUUCUUUUUCUUCCUUUCUCUACCAAUAUGCAGCAGCAACCCUCACCUGCCUCGCAGCCUAUGCAAAGGCCACUUGCACCAGGACAACGUCCUCCUAUGGGUUUUAGACCUCAGCAGACACCACCUGCUGGUUAUCGUCCUCCUGUCCAAGCCAGACCGGGAUUCGUGCCUCCUAGCGGUCCAUCUGUUCCUGGUCAUCCGGGAAUACCUGCUGGUGUUCGUCCAGGUAUGCCUCAACAAAGACCUUUGAUGAGACCUAUGGCUCAAUCACCUGUUCAGACACCUGCAACACGCCCUGUGAUGAGUCCUGUUCAACAAACACAAGAAUUACCUACUUCUCCUUCUACGCAGCAUACAGAACACAAAAAGAAGAGAAUGUAUCCUGAGCAAAUCACAAAGGCUUAUUCUGGUGAUGGCUAUCAACAGCAACCCUCUUUUGCCAACACGCCUGUCCAACAGCCUUACACUGCUGCUGCUGCUACUACUGUUGCUCAACAGCCACAAUUUAUUUCUCCUAUGGGGACGCCAGCUUCUCCUUAUACUCAACCUAACCAAUAUCAGCAAUCUCCAUCUCAGCCUGCUUAUGCUCAACCUGCUUAUGCUCAACCUGCUUAUGCUCAAACUGCUUAUCAACAAGAUCCAGUCAAUCAAAUGACAUCUCAAUUUGGAAAUAUGAAUAUGGGUGGUGCUCCUGCUGUUACUCCCGCUGUACCUUUGUUGGGUGCUCGUCCUCAAGUAGCAGAUAUUGGAUAUACUGGACCUGCUAUUCGCUUACCACCUAAUAUCUCAGUAACUGACUCUCCUUUCGUCAAUUGUGACACUUCUUAUCAAGCAUCUACUAUCAAUGCUAUUCCUGCUACAGAGUCUUUGUUAAAGAAGUCUAAAUUACCUUUUGCUCUUGUGUUGGCACCUUAUAGAAGCUUAAAAGAAGGCGAUGAACCUGUACCUGUAGUGAAAGAUAGCGUCAUUGCUAGAUGUAGACGUUGUAGAACAUAUAUUAAUCCCUUUGUCACUUUUGUGGAAGGAGGUCAACGUUGGAAGUGUAACAUGUGUUUCUUAUUGAACGAUGUACCUGCUGCAUUUGAUUAUGACAAUCAAACUCAACAGCCUGCCGAUCGUUGGAAACGACCUGAGCUGAACUAUGGCUGCGUAGAGUUUGUUGCACCCACUGAAUACAUGGUCCGCCCUCCUCAAGCACCAGCCUUUGUGUUUGUGAUUGAUGUAUCUUAUUCUGCUAUUCAGUCUGGUAUGCUUGCUACAGCUGCUCGUACGAUUCUUGAUUCUCUUGAGAGAUUGCCCAAUGAUGAAAACCGUACCCGUGUAGGUAUCAUCACUGUAGAUUCGUCUCUCCAUUUCUAUAAUUUGAACAACAAAUUCUCUGAUCCUCAAAUGUUGGUUGUGUCUGAUUUAGAUGACAUUUACUUGCCUUCUCCCUCAGACUUAUUGGUCAAUUUGACAGAAAGUAUUCAAACCAUUAGAACCUUGUUAGAGAAACUUCCUGAUAUGUUUAAGGAUUCUGUCAAUGUCAACAAUGCUUUGGGUACUGGUCUUCAAGCUGCUUUCAAACUAUUGUCUCCUGUUGGUGGUAAGAUUAUUUGCUUGCAGUCUACUUUGCCUAAUACAGGUGUUGGUGCCUUGAAGGCUCGUGAAGAUGUCAAGUUGCUUGGUACAUCCAAGGAAUCCACGCUCUUGAAUGCUGCUUCUCCUUUUUACAAGUCAUUUGCUGUUGAUUGUUCUCGCUCUCAAGUUGCUUGUGAUAUGAUUAUCUUUGGCGGUCAAUACUCUGAUGUAGCCACUUUAAGCUGCGUUCCUCAUUAUACAGGUGGUCAAACAUACUACUAUCCUGGCUUCAAUGCCAGUCGUACAGAGGACGCUAUCAAGUUUGCUCACGAAUUCUCUGAAUUACUGGCUGAACAGAUUGGUUUAGAAGCAGUAAUUCGUAUCCGUGCCUCUCGUGGUUUAAGAAUGAGUGCUUUCCAUGGUAACUUUUUUAUUCGUUCUUCUGAUCUUUUAGCUUUACCUAAUGUUCCUCGGGAUCAAAACUAUGUGGUUGAAGUCACUAUGGAAGAUGACUUAAAAGUACCUACUGUUUGUUUCCAAACUGCCUUGUUACAUACUUCGUGCACUGGUGAAAGACGUAUUCGUGUCAUUACAAUGUGUUUGCCUGUCAGCAAUUCUAUUUCUGAAUUAUAUGCUAGUGCAAAUCAACAAGCCAUUACUGCCUACCUUGCCGUCAAGGCUGUUGAACGUGGUUUGACUUCCAAGUUGGAUGAUGCCCGUGAUGCUAUUGUCAACAAGGUAGUUGAUUUGAUGGGUGUCUACAAGACUCAUGUGUUGGGUUCUGCUCAAGGAUCUACUCCUCAAUUGACUGCACCUGAAAAUCUCAAAUUACUCCCCUUACUUGCCCUUGGUUUGAUCAAACACGAUGGUUUGCGUCAAAGUUCUCAAAUCCCUACGGAUAUGCGAUCCAAUGCCAUGAACUUACUCAACACAAUGCCCUUACAGCUUUUGAUUCCCUACCUCUAUGCAAACCUUUACUCAUUACAUAAUAUGCCCGCUGAUGCUGGAGAAUUCUCAGAGAACGGCAUCAUAUUCCCUCCUGCUUUGAACUUGACUGCUGAGAACUUGGAAGUUCAUGGCUGUUACUUGUUGGAAAACGGACAAAACAUCUACUUGUGGGUUGGUCGUAAUGUGGUGCCUCAACUUUGUGUCGAUUUGUUUGACGUGAAGUCUUAUGAAGGUUUGAAGGGUGGCAAGAUCACUUUGUCUGUUUUGGAGACACCACUUAAUAGAAAGGUCAACAAUUUGGUUGGUAAAGUGAGAGAAAUGCGCCGUGGUAAUUACUAUCCUACACUCUAUUUGGUCAAAGAAGAUGGUGAUCCAUACCUCAGAUUAUGGUUCUUGUCCCAUUUGAUUGAAGAUCGUACUGAUAGCAUUAUGAGCUAUCAACAAUUCUUACAACAUCUUAAAGACAGAGUUAGUUCAGCAUCUUUUUAAAAUAAUCUAGUUUUGAACACAAAAAUAAAAUAAAAUGAAAAAGCCUUUUGUAUAUCUUUAAUAUAUUUCAGUCGAAGUCA